AUUUUCCUUAGAAAUGUAGUGAAGUAAAAGUAAAAGUUAAAAAUAUACCCCCAAAAACUACUUAAGUACUACUUAAGGUAUUUUUAUUUAAGUACACCACUGCCUGCAUGUAGAUCAAAGGAGGCUGAGUUUGGGCCGUUGAUGAAAGGAGAGGCUGAGGGAAUGUUCUGGGGAUGUGGAGUUUGAAAUGAGGGGAGUUGAUGAUGAUGUCAAUGCCAUGUCAAUGGACCUUUUUGUAACAGAGGUGGUUUGGUGAACCACGCUCGCAUAAGGAUUAUCCUAGCCUGAGACCUGAAGAUUUGUGCUCUCUCUCUGAACUAUUACCUAGACUUUAGCUCAGCAAGCUAACACAGUCUAGUGGUGUGCAAACGACACAGGUUCAAUCCGAGCCAUUCAUACCUUGUCCUUAUGCAUCAUGUGCACGCACAAAUGUGUAAGUAAAUACAAUGUUGACUCAAUCAAUGCAACCAAAGCGAGAGCCACUAUAAGCUAGUAUGUCAACACCAUCCACAAGCCACUGAUCCAAAACAUUGAGAAGAGCACACGAUAAUCCAAGGUGGCAAAAGCAAUAUUGGACAAAUCGUAUUGGCAAAUAAAGAAAGUAUUUUUAGAUCUUUGGCUUCUUUACAAGAACAUAAUUACCCUAAAUCGUUCCAAAGAGGGAGGGCAAUGGAAAUCACCUUCUGUUUCUGUUACCCACUUCAGUGGGUACAACAAUCAGCCACAUAACAGUUUCACUGCAUUACAUUUCCUCCACACGCUGCUAUGCCCACUUCAGUGGGUAACAGGCAGUCACUGACAAAUACCUGCUCAUAUUAUUUCCCCCCUUUGAGAGAAUUGAUUGAGCAUACUUAGCCCAGUGAGGGCUGUGAUUGGCUCUCCGUCUGUGUGUGAGCACUGUGGCUGUAUAAAAGCCCAACUGUGGGAGAUUUCACCAAGACACAGCAUACCACUGAAACACUGUGAGGACUAACAGUCAUACUAUUACAGACUUCUCCUCUUAACUCCAAACCACUGCAAAUAAUUAUCCUAGAUUUGGAUUGAGCAAACAUACAACAUGUGUAAGGGAUUAGCAACACUGCCAGCAACCUGCUUAAAAAGUGCCAAAGACAUCAAACACAAGAUUGGCUUUCUGCUCCAGAAGCCUGAGUUUCCAACAGACCAGAAACAGGUCAAAGAGAAGACGACCGCUGUCAAGAGAGUUUCACCUGCUGAUGUGGAGAAAUGGAAGCUGUCCUUCAACAACCUGAUGAAUUGUGAAAGUGGUCGUACAGUGUUCACUGCGUUCCUGAAGUCAGAGCUCAGCCAGGAGAACUUGGAAUUCUGGAACGCUUGCGAGGAAUACAAAAAGUCUUCCCCAAACAAGAUGGCGGCCAAAGCUAAAGAGAUCUACGAACAGUACAUUGAGGCAGACUCUCCAAAUGAGGUGAACCUGGACUCAGCAACGCGAGAGGAGACCAGACAGAACCUGUCUAUUGCCGGCUUAUCCUGUUUCAAUGACGCCCAGCAGAAGAUCUUCAAUUUGAUGGAGAAAGACUCAUACAGAAGGUUCCUCCACUCCAAACUGAUCCAGGAUCUGUCCCUGUUGAGUUCCACCACCCCACUCUGUGCACUGAAGAAGAUAGGAGGAAAAAUAGGUUGUUCUGAGAACAGAUGUGGUGCAUAGAUGGAGAUGGAGAGAGAAACAAGGACAGAUUGAAGAAUGUGUAACAUUUUUCAAUCUGUGAGGGAAAGAGCAGGUAGUCUUGAAGAGAAAACAUUGUUAUGAGUGGGUGGGGAUUUAUUUUUUCUGUCCAUUGUUCCAGAUAACUAUUUCAACACGCAUCACAAAUAGAUUAUUUUUGAGACAAGGGGACGAUUGGAGAGGGAGAGAACUGUCAGAGUUAUUUUUUGGGAGAAAUAUGCUCCUGAAAGGAUGUUCCAUUCUCUUAUUUUCAUUGUUGUGCGAGGGUCUGCUUUCUUUACACUGACUAUCUUCCAGAUCUCUAAAAAUAUUCAAAAUGGUUCAAACAAGCAUUUAGGUAUUUCACCCUGGUUAGUUCCCUGUGUCCCCUCUGUCUGGUUUUAAUCAAGGGCUCCACGCUAAGUCAUGCUUAAACACCAAUAAUGAAAAUGCACUUCUUCAAACUGAGUGUUAAAUUAGAUUAUAGUUUCUGAAUGGAUUGGUGUUAAAAACUUAUUUCACCUGACUGUUGUUUGUUUGACUCUGUUUUUCUGUCUUUACUUUACCUGUGGCCAGUUCAUGCACUGUUAAUGUGUAACUCACUGGCCUUCUGUUAACCUGACAACAAAGUCAUGACUAGGUGAUGUUUUGAUUCACAACACAGGGAGAAACAAUCUGGAUUUACUUCUCUAUCCACCCCUAACACACACAGAGACACACACACACUCCCAUUUGAGCAAUUCAGCGACUUGCUUCAGCAGAUCCUUUUCUGAUGUGCUUAUGAAGUAAACAUAUUGAUACUUUAUCAUUAUAUGGUUAUUGGUAAUGCUAUUGAUAUCAUUAUAUGGUUAUUGGUAAUGCUAUUGAUAUCAUUAUAUGGUUAUUGGUAAAGCUAUUGAUACUGUAUCAUUAUAUGGUUAUUGGUAAUGAUAUUGAUAUCAUUAUAUGGUUAUUGGUAAAGCUAUUGAUAUCAUUAUAUGGUUAUUGGUAAUGAUAUUGGUAUCAUUAUAUGGUUCUGUAAGUUUUGUUAAAACAUUACUCCUACUCGCCUCCAAUGAUGAUGGCUACAUAUUUAUUAUACAAUGUAAUAAUCAUCUUCAUAUUUAUUUUCUUGUUGUUUUCUUGACACGUUUAUUCAUCAUUUAUUUGUGAAUAAAACGAUGCAUCAACA